CUCACAAACGCACAAACGCGAGGACGCAGACACAUCACUCCAUGAGAAGAGCGGCACUGAAUCUCCAACUCAAGCACCAUGCCUCCGCUUACUUCCUCUGUUGAUGCUCUCCCGAUGAAUGUCUAUACAAACACCCUCCUGAAGUGUGAGAGAUUUGAAGUUUCACACUUCCAUGACCGAAGUGUUCGCUUGUUUACUAAUAAAACAUGGAGAUCAAAUAAUGUGCCGGCUUUUAGAGGCACAAGUCAUCUUAAUAGACGUGGUUAUAGAUCUACAAAGAUAUCAUCUCAAGUUAUGGAACAAAUGCAAAGCAAUGUGUUUGUCAAAGAGUACUCAGAGGACUUACCUGUUACAUCUUCAUAUGAAUCGGCCAUGGAAGCACUUUCCUCCUUGAUUACACGUAAAAAACGUGGAGAGAGAUCAUCUGUAGGUGGUAAAUAUGGGAAGUUGGAAAGGAUGUCGAUAUAUCUCAAGAUACUAGGCUUGGAGGAAAAGAUAGGAGGACUCAAAAUUAUUCAUGUGGCUGGAACAAAGGGCAAGGGUUCAACAUGCACAUUCUGUGAGGCUAUUUUGCGGGAGUGUGGUUUUCGAACGGGACUGUUCACUUCUCCUCACCUGAUAGAUGUGAGAGAAAGAUUUCGGAUCAAUGGGUUGGACAUAACUGAAGAUAGAUUUCUACUGUAUUUUUGGAAUUGCUGGAAUCAACUGGAGGAAAGGGUUACAGAGGACCUGCCAAUGCCUCCACUAUUUCAGUUCCUCACUUUAUUAGCUCUCAAAAUAUUUGUUUGUGAACAGGUUGACGUUGCUAUUAUUGAAGUUGGUCUUGGGGGAAGAAGAGAUUCAACAAAUGUGAUAAAAGAACCUAUUGUUUGUGGCAUUACAUCUCUGGGGAUGGACCACGUGGAGGCAUUGGGAAAUACCCUUGGGCAGAUAGCUUCUCAUAAGGCCGGAAUAUUCAAGCCUCAUAUUCCUGCAUUCGUGGUAGCUCAACUUUCUGAAGCAAUGGAUGUAAUCCAGGAGGUGGCUCGUGGACUAGCGGUUCCGUUGGAAGUAGUGGCACCACUUGACUGUGAGAAGAUGGAUGGUUUAAAACUUAGCUUGUCUGGUGACCACCAGUUCAUCAAUGCUGGUCUUGCUGUUUCUCUUUCUAAAUGUUGGCUUCAAAGAACGGGGAAUUGGGAAAAACUUUUUGGAAAACAAGCUAACCUGGAAAGCAAUUUACCAGGGGCAUUUCGUAGAGGUCUUUCAACAGCACAUCUUUCUGGGAGAGCUCAGAUUGUUUAUGAUACUUCUCUGAAGUCUUGCAAUUCAUCAAAAGUGUCUGAAAGUUCUUGUGGAGAUCUAAUUUUCUACUUGGAUGGAGCUCACAGUCCUGAGAGCAUGGAGGUUUGUGGAAGAUGGUUCUCUAGUGCAGUAAAGGGAAAACAGAAGGCAUCAUCUUGUUUUACGGUUGAAAACAUGGUGCAGGUUUGGGGGAAUGGUCAACUCCAAUAUGGAACAGAAAAAAGGGAUAAGUCUUACAAAAUAUCAAAGCAGAUUCUUUUAUUCAAUUGCAUGGAGGUUAGAGACCCUCAAGUAUUGCUUCCAAAGCUUGUAAGCACGUGUGCUUCUUCAGGUACUCAUUUCUCAAAGGCCCUUUUUGUCCCAAGUAUGUCAACUUAUAACAGAGUUACUUCUGCUGCCUCAGUCAUUCCUGCCGAUAACUUUAGCAGGGACCUGUCUUGGCAGUUCAGCCUCCAGAGACACUGGGAGAAGAUGAUCCAUGGGAAGGAUACAGAAGUCGAUACUGUUAUUGACACGGAACCAAAAAUGGAUGCUGCAAAAUUUUUGCCUUACGAGUUUCUUUAUGAGGAUGCUUCUCAUUGCAGUCCUGUUGAAAAUCAUUUUGCUUGUAGUGCAGUAAUCCCUUCACUGCCAUUGGCUAUAGAUUGGCUCAGGGAUUGUGUAAUAAGAAACCCUUCUGUUAGAAUCCAGGUUCUUGUAACCGGGUCAUUGCAUUUGGUUGGAGAUGUACUAAAGCUGUUGAAGAGAUGAUAUGUAUAUAAAUUAGGCUGCCAAUACAUCUCGACCAACACUUUCUUAAACUCGUUCAUGUUGCUUUUUUCUCGCAAUGUUGAAGGAACAAGGCUCAUCAGGUCACUUCAAGCCUGGCUUAACUAUUUUUCACUAACUUAGAUUAAUUGUUUGUAUUAUUCCGUCAUGUUGUACCAUAAAGAAAAGUGUUCCAUCCUUCAUUUUGCAAUUCCUUUGUCAAGGAAUGUCUUGUUUGGCAACGCCAUAAUGUAUCGAACAGUAUAUGUUCUAAUGCGGGCUUUAUUAUUUCGAUCAGAUUUUAUAGUACUAUGUUGUCUAUUGGUUUGUACCCAAAUAAGAUCAUACAAGUACAAACAUAUAGGUGGUACUAUGUUUGAUGCUAGAUUGAAUGUAAUGUGUUUAAUUUGA